ACAAGAAGCAGGAAGAGCCUUGAGCGUUCUAAGAUGGAACGUUGAGGUGCGGCCGGCGCGCUCUGAUUGGUCGGCUGAGUCCAGAGCGGCUGCCAGCGUUCUGUCUGGCUGGGAGGGCUUGACCUGGGAGGUCGCGUGUCACCGUGAACGUGUGAAUCCUCUCUUGCUGGUUUCCGUCACCGCUGACUCCUCGAGGCUGGUUCCUAAGGGAGCUGGGGAGGGAGGCUGACCUCUGUCCCUCCGUCGUGGGACAAUGGCGGACUUUGGACCCAAGCAGGGGAAGAGGCGGGACGACAGCGGCUUGGGCAGUGUGAUCGACUUCCUGUUGGCCAACGCCCGGGUGGUCAUUGGCGUCGGCGGCGCGGCCGUCUUGGCCAUCGCAACCCUCGCUGUCAAGAGACUCAUAGACCGAGCCACAAACCCUCCGGACGACGACGACCUAAAAGCCAAGCAGAAGUCCCUCGAGGAGAGCUGGCAGGAGCUGACUUUGGUCAAGGCGGUGCCAAAGGCCCGGAAGGAAGACCUCGAGGUGCCACUGCUGUCCCCCGUUGUGGGUGCGAAUCCGCAAGAACCUGGUGGCAGCCUCCUGUUGUCGGAGGCCUCCUCUGUGGUGGAACCGAGGCCCCUGCUGUGCCUCACCCUUCAGGAGAAACUCCUCUCGUUCUACCAAGACCGCGUCUCCAUCUCCGAGGCCGAGAAAGCUCUGGGGAAGCAGCUAGCGGAAGACAUCUGUACUGAGCUGCAGAAUUUCCUGAAAAACAAGGCUUUGGACCUGCCUUUUGGGAACAUGUUCCUGAGCGGCUACCUCAGCGAUGACCUUGUUAGCCACAACCACCUGGAGGUCUCCUUCAUGCUUCCUUUGGUUCUGGAGCCCAGCCUUUGGUCCCUGAUUCCAGGCGAACGGACAGUUGUGAACAACGCUCGGUUCGGGAUGGUCAAGCGGACCAGCCUGGAGUAUUUCCCUCGUGGGAACAGCCCCUGGGACAAGUUCAUGGUGGGUGGAUAUCUCUCCUCCAACACGGUCAACGAUGCCCUCCAUAAGGUCUUGGUGGCCUCCGUCAACUGGCCGGUUAUCAGCAGCAUGCUGGAAUGCGUCAUCAGGCCUUCGAUGGCUUCCCAGGAGCUUAAACUGCAGGUUGCACAUGACCAGGUCCAUCUGGACAUAACCCUCUGCCCAAUGAUCAAUGCAGGGGAUAAAACCUUUCUCGCUGCAGCCUUGGAAGAACCUGGAGAGAACCUCUGGGAGCAAAGCUUUUAUAUGGCAGAAGUCUCCCAGCUUAAAGAUCUGGAUGCCUCUGAUUCUGGCAUCCGGCGACGUUGUCUCAACAUCUUGAAGGUGAUCUUGGAGAACCAUCCCUUCUGGAGCAAGGUGACCACGAGUCCCUUGACUCACAUCAUCCUGCAUCUCAGCCAAACAGAGCCUGACUGGUCCGAAACCGCGCUGGCCGACAGGUUUCGCGAUGUGCUGGAGGAGCUGGUCCAGGCCUUGGCGAAAGGCUCCCUCCCUUGCUUUUUCGACAGCAGGAUAAACCUCCUCAGCCAUCUGCUCCCAGAAGAGAUCGAGGAGAUCGGAUGUACCCUCUAUGAGGCUUUAGCAGCACCAGAUCUCGCGAAUGUAUUGAAUUUAUGAAGAAAUGAUCUGUGAGGAUAAUAAUGGCACUUGGGGAUAACUGCACUUGUCUGCUUUGGGAGUCGAGUGGCACAGAAGACACCGUUCUGUUGGUUUCCCCAACGGCAAUCAUUGCACCUAAUGAAAUUAUUAAGUCUUCGAAGUAAAAUGGACCUGCAUUAUGAGAUGGGAACUCUUCUUUUCUCUAGACUCAUCCAGGUACUGUAUUUCCAAAAUCUGGGCUCAGUAUUGUUCCUGUAUGGCUAUGUCUGUUUUUAUUUUCCUCUGUAGAAGCAGCAAAUCAAAUGGAGAGAGCCAGGGUCACAAGUCUCACAAGUGUGGUGGGAUUGUGGGCAUUCCUGUCUGAGUCUCCAUCCCCAUUUAACUGGAGCACUGUGAAACAGAGCUAUAGGGGAGCUCUAACUUGCAAACUCUUCCUCCCAAAUGUGAAGAUCAGUUCCUAGCCCAGCGGCUUAGUCUGUGGCCUUACAGAUGUUGUUGAGCUAGUUUCCAAAGCCCAAGCUCAUAUGGUCAGCGGUCAGGGAUUCUGUGAGUUGGUGCCCAAAAUACUUGGGAGGCUGAAAGGUUGAAAUCUGACUGCCUUGCCCGCCUGUAAUUUAUAGCUAUUUGGGGGCAUAUCUGCUUUUGUGGACACCUGGGAAAGAUGUCAUAGAAUCACAGAAUUGGAAGAGACCAAAAGGGCCUCAUCCAGUCCAACCCCUUGGAUGGUCUCUUCCAGCUAUAUCAUUAUUUGAGGUGGAGAGAUGCACAAAUAGAGACUUAUUGCGUCAGUGCAAAUUCCACCAUUUCUGCUGAGCCUGUGCAUUUUAAAUUCAUUGUGCAGGCUGUCCCAAAACUAGGUACUGUACUUUCAAGGAACAGUCUUGAGAUCUGAGGAAAUAAGUAAUGGAGUCAGAUACUGUCUGCAGAUGUAUGGGUGGCUCUUGGCUUCAAGACCGUUGUUGCAGCUUUGAAGUUCGCAACAGGCAGCUUGAUGGUCACGGGAUCUGGGAACUCCACUCGCUUAAAGCACAGCCCAGUUUAGCAUGGGACAAAUCUCUUUUCUGCCUCAAUGGUCUUGAAAUUUCAAUUGUUUUCCUCACCCAGCUUGCUCUCCUUAUUGCCAGCAUUCAAAAUGUUAAAUGAAGUGCCAAAGGGGAUGUGGAGGGGAAUGAGGUUUGAUCCUGGGAUAUUUCUGGAACUGAGAUGAACUGGAAAAUCCACCAGCCCCUUGCAUUAGAGUCCAGAUGACUCUUGCGAGAGCACUGUCACAGCCUUAUCCAACAUGACAUCCUCUGAGAUAAAAAGGGGAAGGUGCCCGCUUCCUUCUCAGCUGUUAACUGUACUGUACUAAUAGUGUCCAUCCCUUGCCCUCUUGCAGUAGCUGAACUGUCCAGACUGUUUAUCCAGAGAGCUUGCCUGUGUUUGCUGCUCUUCAAAGGUGCAUAGCGCAUAGCAAACUAGGGGAGGAAAGCCAGGAUAAGGUGCUGUUCUCUCCCUGCAACCCCCAGCCAUUGGAACUCAUGAUCCCGAGCAGCUAAUUCAUGUAUACUUGCACUAGGUCGACCUUUUCUGUAUUUAUGUUUUCAGAAGCAAAACUCACCCCAUGGUGAUCUUUUCCUUGUAUUUUAUCUGAGCUUUUAAUAUGAAGCUCCAGAGUAUUUGGCUACAAGCGUCCUUUGCUACUAUUUAAAGACAUUCUAAGUAGCUGAUAUAGGGAAGUUGCUCAGAAACGAUUAUGUGUACAUAAAGAGAAUGAGCCAUAUAAAUAAUGGUAACUUUACAUAAGGCAAGCUUUUAUCCAGAGAUAGUUUAUGUUGGGAUGGGAACUGUAUGGCCCUCGAGUUGUUGUACUCCAGUUCCUGUCAGUCAGGAGACUGAACAAUGAUGGGAAUUGCAGUUAUAAUAAUGUCAGCAGGGAGAAUGUGGGCAUUCCUGAUCCCUGAGUAAAGAUAUCCUUUGAUUGUACCCAGGAAACAGGUAGCGAUGUUGCCAAAAUCUUGCAAAUCAGGCCUUUAAAAAUGAAUUGCUUCUCUCCCUUUUUCCUUUUGAGAAUCAAAUUUGCACACACUGGAAGCGUCAGGCACGUUUUGGUGGAUAUAACUCUUUUGAGGAGGAUG